GCUUUGUAUAACGCAGUCAAUGUUCCAGGUAGUUGCAUUAGAUGUUAUUUCUGAUCAAAUAGUUGGUGUGUAUAUAGUGGAGUUAGAUUUUUCAAUUCAAAAGAAAGAAAAACGUUUCAGAAAAGAAAAGAAAAGAUGGCUGCUAACAAUCAGGAAAGAAGCUUCACGGAAACGGAGACAAACCAAAAGAAAAUCACAAUUUUCUUUACCCUCUGUAAUAACGUUGGUGAGCUUUGCAAAGCACUGGAAGUAUUGAAGGACCAUCAGGUAAAUCUUCACCAUAUUAACUCUCAACAAAACAAGGAAAGAAGGGAAGAAUCCGAUUUCAUUUUGAUCUGUGACAAUAGUGGAAGUCUGAAAGGAGCCAUUGAGGGUCUCAAACGUGUUUCUAAGAACCUAGAGAUUAUAUCAGUUCCGUGGUUUCCGAUACAUACUAGUGAUCUAGACAAAGUUGUCCCAAAAACCUUCAGCUGUGACAAAGAAUUGGAUGCAGAUCAUCCGGGUUUCAAAGAUGAUGAUUACAAAAGAAGAAGGGCGGAAGUUGCUGCCAUGUCACGCAAUUACAAACAUGACCAGGAAAUCCCAAGGGUGGAUUAUACAGACAAGGAAAUCAACACAUGGCGAACCGUUUACAGUGCACUCGUCAAAUUGUAUCCUGAUUAUGCCUGUGAAAGAUUUAACAUCAACUUCGAACUGCUCCAAACCAAAUGUGGUUACAGCCCCGACAACAUUCCACAACUAGAGGACGUUUCGAAGUUUUUACAGAAUCGCACUGGAUUCAGAUUACGUCCUGCGCCAGGUUUAAUUUCUCCUCGUGACUUCCUAGCAGCACUAGCUUUCCGCACGUUCUAUUCUACACAGUACAUACGUCAUUAUUCCAGACCAGAGUACACACCGGAACCUGAUGUUUGUCACGAGUUAUUGGGUCACGUACCUCUUUUUGCUGACGAAGAAUUUGCUCAGUUUGCCCAAGAAAUAGGACUAGCGAGCCUUGGAGCCCCUCUUGAAUACAUCAAAGUUUUGUCUAGGUUAUAUUGGUUCACUGUUGAAGUUGGUCUGUGGAAAGAAGCAGGGGAAACAAAAGUAUACGGAGCCGCACUGUUGUCUUCAGCUGAAGAAUUGGAGUUUUGUCUAAGAAAUGCUGAAAAGAUAAAAACUCUCGACCCUGCAGAGGCGUGUAAAGAAAAAAUUCAACCCUCAAAAAUCCAGCCCUAUUAUUUUGUGGCAGAAAGUUUUGAAACCGUAAAGGAGAUAAUAAGAGAGUUUGCAACAACCAAUCCCCGUCCUUUCGAUGUUAAAUCAACCCAGAGUGUAGAGGUACAAUGUAUAUCAAAUUAAGACCUAUGAUUAAAUAUUCAACCUCACACACGCUAUUUAAGAACACUUUCAUGUCUAUUUGUUUAUCGAUUUUCGAAAAAGUAAACGUUAAAGCGUGUGGUAUGUUUUCACAGGACCAUUUAUAUAACCUUUUAUGAAAUUUGAUCUUUAGUAUAUGCUUGCCAGGAUGUUUGGUAUGUUUACCGUAUUACAUUAAAAAACUAUCAGAGGAAGCUUUACCAUUCAGUUAACUGAAAGGUAAAUAAAAUGUCUGGAAAGCAGGGCUAUGUCAUUCCUUCGCCUCUUAGUCAUAUUUCAGUCAUCUUUCAGCUCAUUGAAUCGCAAAGCUUUAUCCUGAAAUAACAAUGAUGUAUAUGAUGACAUGAGAACAAAAUUCUUUAAAUAUUUAUGAAUGAAUGAAAACAGAAGCGGCAAGUUGAAAAGUGAAUGCCAAGUAGUAGGAAGUAUCUUAACAAGCUCUCAGAAUCAAAUAAUAAUUAAGUCCAUAAAAUUAUAGUCGAAAAAACAACGAAGGGUAAUGGUAAUUUGACUCGAACUAACAAGUUUGUGUAUACUUAUUGGAUAUAGUUUCUGUAUUAUUAAGAUGUCUUAUGAAUAUAGUAGAUAUGUCUCUACAUAGUUAUCUAUUUUCUAUCAUAACCGUUAGCAGCUAAUGUGUUUCAGUGUUAGUUUCAAGCCGUUCUACUAUGUUUAUUACAGGUUAUUUAUCAAAGAUAAUCGAAGAUACUUUGUCAAGAUAAAGAACAAUUUAUUUCUAGAGGAAAUAAUGAUGACAUGAAAAGUCAA